CAUUUAGCAAAUAUAUAAUCUAAGAGAGAAAAAAAGAGAAGGGAGUAGAAAGAAAGGAGAGAGUGCAGGCAAGCGCAGUUAAUUCAACAAAGCCCUUCAGUCUUCGAUGUGUCGUCCUGUAUGUGCACAUAGUACAUCUAUGCGUAAUGAGCAAAGACAAGGCAAGACAAGGUGCAGCAACGUUAAAUGAGGCAACGUUGUCUAUCGUUUGCGGAAGGGGAAAAAUAUGGGGGAAACCAGUGCAUUACGCGUUCAUCGCACACAUGAGUGUCAAUUGACGGCAGUCCAGCUUCGGCAGUGUCCAGCGGCGUAGGUGGAUGAGCGGCGGCAGCGCUUGGAGCGUUCACAGCUUUGGUGCGCCAAGCAUGGAUCUGACGAGGCAGCAACAGCGAUCGUUGGCGAGCGCGUGCCGUGGCCCGUUGCCAUUUCCACGUAGACCAUGGAUGAGCGAGACUGGCGUCGCCGCCGCCACCGCUGCCUCCGGCAACUUGGGCCUCAAAGGGGUCAUAGCCGGUGGUAUUACUGGAGGCAUAGAAAUUUGUAUCACAUAUCCCACCGAAUACGUUAAAACGCAGUUGCAAUUGGAUGGAAAAGCUGGUGCUGGUAAAGAAUAUACAGGAAUAGUUGACUGUGUCACCAAGACCAUCAAGACUCGCGGAUUCUUUGGUUUAUACAGAGGCUUGUCUGUUCUGCUUUAUGGUUCUAUACCAAAAUCGGCAGUGCGAUUUGGCGCUUUUGAGUCGGUGAAAAAGCAGUUAGUAGAUGCAGAUGGAAAGCUCAAUCCGCAAAGGAGGCUCUUCGCCGGCCUUUGCGCUGGUGUGUGCGAAGCUAUUUUCGCGGUUACUCCGAUGGAAACGAUUAAGGUGAAAUUCAUCAACGAUCAACGUUCGGCGAAUCCGAGAUUCAGAGGAUUUUUUCAUGGAGUUGGCAUGAUUGUGAAGGAACACGGAUUCAGAGGAGUGUAUCAAGGAGUAGUGCCAACAAUCUUGAAGCAAGGAUCAAAUCAAGCUAUCCGUUUCUUCGUGAUGGAAACAUUAAAAGACUGGUACAAAGGAGGUGACAAUACUAAAAGUGUUCCUAAAGUAGUCGUCGGUGCAUUUGGUGCAGUUGCUGGCGCAGCAUCAGUUUUUGGAAACACGCCUAUUGAUGUCAUAAAAACUAGGAUGCAGGGAUUGGAAGCUUCAAAGUAUAAAAGCAGUAUGGAUUGCGUAGUUCAGGUGUGGAAGAAAGAGGGUCCAAUGGCAUUUUACAAAGGAACCAUUCCACGAUUGGGAAGAGUAUGUUUAGAUGUUGCCAUAACAUUCAUGAUUUAUGAUUCCUUCAUGGAACUUUUCAACAAAGUAUGGCUUUAG